UCAAAAUUUCCUAACAUUUAUUUGUAAUUGUGUGUUCGUUUCAAUAGGUAGUGUAAAAAUUUAAACAUUUUCAAAAUGUUUCGCAGAACCCAACUUAGAAUGCGAACUGCUAUUAACAGAGCUAUUCAGAGAGCCCGUGGAAUGAUUAGACUACCACGGMGGAUAGAAGGGMUUCCUGUUGCAAUAACACAGCCAUUCAAGGAACAUAACUUGAUAAAAUUGCUGAGGCAUUCUUCGCCUGAUAUUACACUCUUGAGGGAAGACACGGUGAUUGAUAGAGACCCUUUAGUGUAUCCACAUAAGUACUUCCUGAGAGUCCACUUGGUCGAAACAGUUCAUGGCCAACGAACUUUUAAAACUCUGGAGGUAGUAGCAAAAGUGUUGGGGUCUAUACCCGCAGGUAAUUUGGAGAAGAGAAAUAUUCGCAUCAAAGUGGAAAAGGAAGUUAUGAUAUAUUCAAAUGUGUUGCAAACAUUUGAUCAAUAUCAAACGACAUGGAUUUUUGUUGAUCAUAAAUAUUCCGAUCUUUUUCCUGUUUGCUAUGGAUCCGCUCUCAGUUUGCAAAAUCAAGAUGCUCAAAAAGCUGAUCCCUCAGCAGCUAUUUUACUUCAGAACUUAGGUCCCUUAGGAUUUCAGAAAUUCAGGGAACCUUGUAGCUACGGAGUGGCUAAACUGAUAAUCAAACGUUUGGCCCUAUUGCAUGCCACCCCUAUAGCAAUGUACAUGCAUUUAGGAAGUCGUCGUUUAUCAAGAUCGCAAAAUCGGUUAACCACACGGACUAACUUUGAGCCUAGAAACGCUCUUGCAGAACUCAAGAAAAUAUGUUUGGUCAUUACGCCCGACUCAGAUAUGUAUCGUUAUAUCGGAGUGGUUGAUUGUCACUUACAAAGGUAUGCCAACAAUACUCAUGGAGAUUAUGUUGCGGAAGUUCGUUCGUGGACCACCAUAUCUCAUUCUAAAUGUUCCAUACGUAACAUAAUGUAUAAACCUCCAGAUCAUAAUGGCCCAGCAAAAGUAAAAUUUUUAGAUGCUGGAUAUAUGCAAUUUGAUUCCUGUGCUUCUGAUUUAGCAUUUUUCAUGCUUACAAGUAUGGCUUCAGAAGUUUUAGAAGAUCACUUUGAUGACCUUGUGAGUUCAUACUACAUUGAAUUAUCUCGUCUCAUGUCGCUAGCUUAUAUCGACCUUGAAGAGCAUACUUAUGAGAGUUUCCUAACUGAAUUUGAAAAUAGAGUCAUGUGCAAUAUAGGUGCAAUUUUAUCCGAAAUAGGCCACCUUCAUUUUGACAAAAAUGAAGGAUUGCAGAAUAUUAUGGGAAUGUCUUAUAGAGCUAAAAUUGACUUUAUUAUUAGGUUUAUGGUGAGGAAAAACUGGAUUAAAAUAUGAACAUUGUUGACGCCCAAUCUAUUUAUUAGUAAAAAUAUUAUAUUUAAAAACUUCCAUAUUACUCACAGAUUUAUCUAAUGUAGUAAAAUAGAAGGAAUACAAUAUUUUUUACAUUUUAAAAUGGACAAAUGGACUAUGACGAAUUCAUCACAUUAUAAUAAUAUGAAACAUUAUAUGAUAUAAUUUUAAUGUGUGCUGUUGAAUUUAUAAAUGUUUUUAAAUAAAGCAAUAUUUUUGAACUGG